GGCUCCUCGCCGCCUCCGAAACCGCUCACUUUGCUUCUCGCCUCUGGACGGCGGCGGGGCGGUUGCCACAUCCGCGAUCGCAGGGAGCGCAGAGGACCUGGAGCCAUCCCGCACCAGCUCACCCCUCUCGGCGCCCGCGCCCCUCAGGGGGGGAACUGCGACCCCGCCUUGAAGAGGACACCCCGGCCUCGGAGGGGGCUAUCUCCCGGUCGCGAGGGGCGGCGGCUCUCAGCCUCGGUCUCCGCCAGUGGGGUGCAGAGCUGACGCCGGAGGGGACUCCCGGGACACCUGCAGGUACCGCUGCGCGGAGGGAGUGCCUCUAGGAGCGACGCCGGGCAGCCGAGGAGGCGAGAGCCCAGGGGUCCCCGGGUGCGCGUGGAGCAGAAGAGGAGCCCGAGGCAGAGUGGGCCAGGCAGCCCGCGGGGCCCCGACGGCGCGCUCCUGGGUCGGCCCCGCGGCCAGCAGACCCUGCGCGGCGGCUAGGGGGCGGCGGCGGCGGCGGCGCCCUCGGGCCUCGGGGCUUCGGGGCGGCCAGCCAUGACCUUCGGGCGCAGCGGGGCGGCCUCAGUGGUGCUGAACGUGGGCGGCGCCCGGUACUCGCUGUCCCGGGACUUGCUGAAGGACUUCCCGCUGCGCCGCGUGAGCCGGCUGCACGGCUGCCGCUCGGAGCGCGACGUGCUCGAGGUGUGCGACGACUACGACCGCGAGCGCAACGAGUACUUCUUCGACCGGCACUCGGAGGCCUUCGGCUUCAUCCUGCUCUACGUGCGCGGCCACGGCAAGCUGCGCUUCGCGCCGCGGAUGUGCGAACUCUCCUUCUACAACGAGAUGAUCUACUGGGGCCUGGAGGGCGCGCACCUCGAGUACUGCUGCCAGCGCCGCCUCGACGACCGCAUGUCCGACACCUACACCUUCUACUCGGCCGACGAGCCGGGCGCGCUGGGCCGCGAGGAGCCGCGAGCCGGCGGUGCCGCCGAGGCAGCCCCCUCCCGGCGCUGGCUGGAGCGCAUGCGGCUGACCUUCGAGGAGCCCACGUCGUCGCUGGCCGCCCAGAUCCUGGCCAGCGUGUCGGUCGUGUUUGUGAUCGUGUCCAUGGUGGUGCUGUGCGCUAGCACGCUGCCCGACUGGCGCGCCGCGGCAGCCGACAACCGCAGCCUGGAUGACCGGAGCAGGAUAAUUGAAGCUAUCUGCAUAGGGUGGUUCACUGCAGAGUGCAUCGUGAGGUUCAUCAUCUCCAAAAACAAGUGUGAGUUUGUCAAGAGACCCCUGAACAUCAUUGACUUACUGGCAAUCACGCCGUAUUACAUCUCCGUGUUAAUGACAGUAUUUACAGGCGAGAACUCUCAACUCCAGAGGGCCGGAGUCACCUUGAGGGUGCUUAGAAUGAUGAGGAUUUUUUGGGUGAUUAAGCUUGCCCGUCACUUCAUUGGUCUUCAGACACUUGGUUUGACUCUCAAACGAUGUUACCGAGAGAUGGUUAUGCUACUUGUCUUCAUCUGUGUUGCCAUGGCAAUCUUCAGUGCACUUUCUCAGCUUCUUGAACAUGGGUUGGACCUGGAAGCAUCCAACAAGGACUUCGCCAGCAUCCCUGCUGCCUGCUGGUGGGUGAUUAUCUCUAUGACUACAGUUGGCUAUGGAGAUAUGUAUCCUAUCACAAUGCCUGGAAGAAUUCUUGGAGGAGUUUGUGUUGUCAGUGGGAUUGUUCUGUUGGCAUUGCCUAUCACUUUCAUCUACCAUAGCUUUGUGCAGUGUUAUCAUGAGCUCAAAUUUAGAUCAGCUAGAUAUAGUAGGAGCCUCUCCACGGAGUUCCUAAAUUAAUGCAUUGCAAAUCAAGUCUUGCAUACACCUUGUUUGUUAGAAAGACUUAAUGCUACUUCAUAUUCAUGUGUUCCUUGCUCGGUGAGCACUGCAGUGUGGUACUGUCAUCAUCUUGGUAGGGUAAAAAUUAUCCUUCCCAGCUGAAGGGAUAAAGCAGUUUACUUAUUAUGGAGUAAACAAGAUUGAGACUGCAAAGGAAAAGUAGUGGUUUCUAGACUUAAUUUUAAUAUCUUAUUUUAUUUAGACUUGUUUCCUCCUCCUUGCCUUGAACAAUGACACUUUUUUUUUUGUUUGUUUUGAAGUGUAUUAUUUGAACAUUUUAAAAUGGAAAGCUACUAUUUUCCAAAUGUUUUUCUAUCUCAUGAAUUUGGAAGAGUCUUGGAAGUGAUGGUGUUUUUUGUUGGAGAGUAACAUUUUCGUUUCUAAAUGUUUUAUAAUCUCUCAUAUCAAUGUCAGAAGUACCCUGGAAACAUAUGUCACAUGCAAGAACUGUUUAACAAAUACUUAAAAAAUUUGGCUGAAUUUAAACUGUAUAACGGAGCUAGAUACAAGCAAGAAUAGUAUUUGGAAAACUUUUCCAGCACUUCUCAAUUCUCGGAUUUAUUUUUGUUCCUAUUAUUCACUUUAUCAUGCAGCUUCAUGGAAGCUUGAGUAUACCCUUACUUUUUCAUUUCGGGUUUCUUUUAUCUCUUUGCUGAACUGACUCAAACAAGAAUUUUAGAAUGAAGAGAGCGUGUAUUAUUUAGUAUUUUAUUGGAGUUCGUUGUAUUUGAAUUCAUUGCUGUUACUAGGCGAUAAUUGUCCUAACAUUCAGAUGUCCAAACAAGAUUUCCACAUAAGAAAUAAUAGAAGUGGUUUGAUAUUACAACUCAUAUUUUUCUUCUGCUUUUUUUUCCCUCCACCUAAACAACAUGGGUUUAAGUCUUGUCAGGUGAAAGGAUAUUUAUAUAUACCAAAGUCAUACUUAGAUGUUAUCACUGGAUUAACAUAAAAAAAGAAAUGAAAUAUUUUCUUACUCUUGGUUGCUGUGUAGCUAAGCCAUUUUAAGCCAGCUGAGAGCAAUGAAUACAUACUCAUUUGAUCUGAUCUUCACCAUCAUAAAUAACGGCCACACCAAAGCUUCUUGCAAUAAUACUGAAUAAUAUGCCACAUUAAUUUGGCAGAUUAUUAGGCCUAGAUGUAAAACUGAUGACUAUUUAGUGCUAAACUCUAGCAGAGUGAGUUAAGAUUUUUGCUUUGUUAACCAGCUGCCAUAAAGAAGUCAGUGUAUAUACACAAAAAGUUAAAGUCUCAUUGAUUAUUGAAUAAUUUAAUGUUGUACACUGUAAUUAAAUCGGGGUGAGGGCAGAGAGAGGGUGGGACCUUGAUACAUUUAUCAAAGAAAGGAUUACCAGAAGUGUUCAUUAAAGGGAUAUUAGCCAUCAUCUGGUUUAGGUAGAAAACCAGGGCAAGAGAGGAUAUGAUUGUGAAGGAGUUAGGGCUAACACCUGGAUCUCUAGAAAUCGAGUCCAGCAGCUUAUUUUUAACACAUUCUGGGUUUUGAGAAGCCACACUUCUUUGCCAGUGCCAUUGCUGAGGUAAUAAUAGCAAAACUGUUCCUUUUCCUGAGUUUAUGUGAUAUUUUGGCCAUUAAGAAUCUCACCCCACCCAGUCCUAGCCGGUUUGGCUCAGUGGAUAGAGUGUCGGCCUGUGGACUAAAGGGUCCCAGGUUCUAUUCUUGCCAAGAGCACAUGCCCAGGUUGCGGGCUCCAUCCGCCCUCCCCCAGCCCCCAGUAGGGGGCGUACAGGAGGCAGCCAAUCAAUGAUUCUCUCUCAUCAUUGAUGUGUCUAUCUCUCUCCCUUCCUCUCUGAAAUCAAUGAAAAAAAUAUAUUUUAAGAAUCUCACCCCACCCAGACAGUAUGGCUCAGUGGUUGAGCAUCAACCUAUGAACCAGAAGGUCAAGGUUUGAAUCCCAGUCAGGGCACACGUCCAGGUUUUGGGCUCGAUCUCCAGUAGGGGGAGUACAGGAGGCAGCUGAUCAAUGAUUCUCUCUCAUCAUUGAUGUAUCUAUCUUUCUCCCUCUCUUCCUCUCUGAAAUCAAUAAAAAUACAUUAAAAAAAAAAAAAGAAUCUCACCCCAUCUUCCCUACUACUAGUGGUAUGCUAUUUGUCACUACUCAAAAUAAAUUCUGUUCGUUAUUGUAUAUUUAUUGUAUUUUAAUAUAUUUGAAGUAAAUGGCAUGGAUUUAUUUUUCCUUACCUAUUUGGAUUAAGGCUUUGUGAGUCAUACAAAUAAUAUGCAGAUGACAGCGUCCCGACAUUACUAAUUAAGAUAUGAUAGCCGUCCACUUUGCUGGCACAGGGAACUCUGUGGGAAUACUAUGUCUUAUCUUCCCCAAGUAAAUUAGCGGUGUCUUGAGGACUGGGAUCCUCUUUCUUGCACACAAUUUCAUAUUCCCACAGAGUCUAUGACAGAUUUGGGCAGAAGCUGUGCACUGAUGUGGGGGGAGAAGCUUCUGUGUGGAGAGGCAAGGAGAAGCAAACGCUUCUACCUGUACUUGAGGAUACACACACAGACCUUGAGGCUGCUCUUAAAUAACAAGUAACAAGUAAGAAAUCUCUUGUUGGCAAUGCCAGACUUCCCAUAAAGGAGCAGGUGGGGAAAAUUCUGAAGACGGUUCAGCUACCUAUUUGCUAAGAAUGAUGACGAGACAUGGUGGAAUAGUUCACUGAUGAGUAUUAUAGAUAAUGGAUAAUGUAACUUUUUUAGGACAGAGGCAUUUUAUAAUAACUUCCCCUACAUGUUAUUACCUUUAAAAAAAUCAUUUAAUAGGACUUCUCUCUUGGUUGUGCUUUUAGGCAUUUUUCCUAACUCAGGCUUCCUGGCACAAAUGCUUUCAUUUAGGGUCUUUAUUAGUAGCAAGAAGUCAGAUAGUAUCCUCAUUAGAAUGCCCAAUGAGGAAAGAGGAAGCCGGAAUGGUUCUGAUUUUAUGUAGGACUUGUUUUUUAUUCUCUAAAGUGGGAUUUUUUUUUUUUUCAGGAUUAAAGCUAAAAUUAGAGAACACAUUUGAAAGUAUUCAAGGCCUCAUUGAUCUUUCGCUUUUAUGACUAUUGUUAUUGUGGGUUGCUAGUGAGACAGUUGCAUUUGCUUUGCUUUUGGGUUUUGCAGUUACUCGUGGCCACACCUUUGUAAGUUUUUACUUUCUUGAAAAUGUAGAAAUAUAUUCUUUCACAGUGGCUGUCAGUAAAUUAAAGUAAUAU